UCCUGCUUGGGGAAGGGGAAAGUAAAGCGUUGCCAGCUGAUGGAGCAGCAGCGAGGUGACCGACCCGGAGCGGAUAUCCUCACUUAUAUCCCCAGUGGCUGCCCACACCGUUCUCCUCAUGGAAGAAGGAAAAGGAAACCUGGCGUUUAAAGGUGUCGCCGAGAGACUGACGCUCGGCAUCACUCGAAUACUCGAGAACAUGCCUGGUGUCGUGGACGUGCGGUUCGCCGAGAGGGAGCCUGCAGAGAAGAGGAGCCUGUUGUCAUGGGAACAGAAAAACACCUGUAUUUUGCCAGAAGACCUGAGAGAUUUCUAUCUGACAACCGAUGGAUUUACUCUGACCUGGAGUGUUAAACUAGACAAUGAGUGUGUUCCCUUAGGAUGCAUGAUGGUCAACAGUGUGGCCCGGCUGUGCCCACUCCUCCAGCCAGUGUCCCUAUUCUCCCUUCCCAGCGCCCCCUCCCUGGCAGACCUGGACUGGGAGGAAAGCGACGCUCAACUUGGGUCGGAGCGAGCGCCUGCUGUGCCCCAUUUUGAUUCCCGGAGCCGCAUCUUUGAGCUGGAUUCCUGUGGGGGGAAUGGCAAGGUGUGCUUGGUCUACAAAAACUGCACCGCAGGUGUAGUAGCCCAGCAGAGUGAAAUCUGGUUCCUCGAUUGCUCACUGUGUUGGCAUUUUCUCACCGCAACCUUCACCUCUUACUACCGACUGAUGAUAACCCACCUGGGGCUGCCUGAGUGGCAGUAUACCUUCACUCCGUAUGGCCCCAGCCCCCAGGCCAAGCAGUGGGCCUCACUGUACCAGCCGCUGACCUUCAGCAGUGAGCACAGUGUGGCUGAUGCUGCGGGAGAUUCUUAUCUCAACAAACUGGAUCCAACCAAGGCCUUCAAAGGCAAAGCCAAGGCGCCGGCCCCCAAGAAGAAACCGCCAUCACAGUGCAGCUCAGGCAACGCUGCCAAGAGCCAAGGGAGCACAGGGAGACUAAGUGGGACAAAGCGGUGAGAAGGUUCCCAAUCGAGGAAAACAUUGUAAUCACGUGUGCACGGUUAACAUGGCUUAAAAAAGCAGUUAGUGAUUCCUUCAUCUUGGACUGCUGAACGUCUGGACAGACAACCAGGGUUCUCCUGCCUCUACACAUGGCUGAAGUGGUACCAGCUGUUGGAGGCAGUGCGGCAUGUAAACAGUUAUUCUAACCUUAUUUAUGUGUAGGUGAUUAAAAAAUACCUGCCUUACAUUUAAAUAGACUUGAAAAAUCCCAAGAAUUCAAGUGUAGUUGUUUUUUAACUUUCACAGCUUUAUGAUAGUGAUGGAGAAAUGAGGCUUGUCUCCAAUGAGACAACCAAAGUUCUUCAGCAGCAGAUACAUUAUCUGCAAACUCACUUAACUCAGUGCUCACUGGUGACACCUGCUGGUCAAAACAACUCAAAUCAGCCAAGUCAAGAAGUUUGAUCAUGUGCUGCUGGCAUAGUAAUACUGACAGGUAGCAACAAAUUGUACCACUGCUAUAACUACUAAAGGACUUAUUAAUACUGAAUAAGGGCACUAUGUUAAUUUAUAAUUAUACGUAUUAUCCCUUAUGUUUGCUGUUGUAAAUAUUUCAAUUUGAAUGUCAUAUACAGCAAUAACAUAUAUAUAAUAUAUAUAAAUUUAUGAAAGAAGUUUGAAAAGAAUUGCUCUACAAAUCUCUGUGAAUGUGAAAUUGAAAGAGCAAGACUGAAAAUAAUACUGUUGUUUUCAGUUGGACAGUAAAAGUGCUUUUUACCUGCAGACAUUGUCACGCAAUUCACCACAAUCAAUACAACCCACAAUUCAGAGCGUCUGUGGACUCUAACGUUACACAAAUAAAGUGUGUAUGCAAAGACUGGCAACAAGCCAUCAAACAAAACAUUAGUCAUCUUGGACUUUUCCCACUGUAUCCACUGGAUCUCUGCAGUGCCUCACUCAUACUGUGUUAUAAUCAUGUAAACUUAGAUUAAAAAAUAUGUUUGAGUUUAGGCAAGUCGAUCCUAACAUUGAUGAUAUCACUAAAAGUGAAAAUAUUAUUUCAUAUAUCGCAGCAGAUCAAAUUUGGGGGUUAGAUGUAAGCCUCUCACUAAAUUAUACACACAUUUUGCCUUGAGGCUUCUGAGUGCUGGAUUGUUGCAAAGUAGACAUAUGUUAUGUUUGAAGCUACCGUUUCUAUUUUAUUUUAUUUGAUGUGCAAUGUAUUGGGGCUUGUGUGUUUUUCUUCACAUACACUGUAAUUCCCAAGCUUAUGUAAGUGGUCUCCUGCUGAUUUGCUGAAAUGGAUGAUACCAAGGUUAUAUAUGCUGCUAUAGCCUCAAUAAUAUAUGCAUUAAAUAUGAGCUGGUGAA